GUGAGGAGAUUUAUUAAUAAUAGAAAUCCUCCUAAGAGGAGAUCUCCCUCCAAAACGGUCACCGUUUUAACGAAUAUGCUCCUUCAAGAAAUCCAACCCCCAAAGGCCCAAAGUACAAGUUCACCCCGGCAUCAACCACGAAAUUUCGAAAAGAGAACUCGUCUUCAAAUCUUGAAUUAGGCGUUCGUGGCUGAACCACGCAGUUGUUUUCUCCCACCCUCAGGAACGAUGACGACCGUAACGACGACGUCCCAAGCUUUGCUUUGCAACAACUACUCCUCCUUUGGCUCAAAACCUUCACUUUCACUCUCUCACUCCCGAUUUCCCAAACCAAGACAUUCACAAGCGUCCUCGAACGCUAAGACGUGGCCUGCUACAACUCCACCACCACUCAUCUCCAAUCAUAUAAGGACCUCAGCGUGCCACGCUGCUCGCCGCAAGCCUACUAUCGCCGCCACGCCAUCCGCCGAAGAGGGCGACGACGACAAUUCACGGCGUGUGCUGCAAAUAAUUCUGUGGGUCGCCGAGGGAGUCUACAUUUUGUGGCUCUUCUUGCUUCCUUAUGCCCCAGGAGAUCCUGUGUGGGCCAUUAGUUCAGAGACAAUACACUCCCUUGUGGGCCUUUCUCUCAAUUUUUUCUUUAUCUUACCUCUUAUGAACUCUGUUGGCAUUUAUCCAAUUGAUGCCCCAGUUCUUCACCCGGUUUCUGAAGGAUUAUUCAAUUUUGUUAUCGGGUGGACAUUCAUGUUUGCUCCUUUGCUGUUCACGGAUUGUAAGAGGGACAGAUACAAGGGCUCUCUGGAUGUUCUAUGGGGCCUACAGAUGUUCCUUACAAACACAUUUCUGAUACCUUACAUGGCUAUCCGGCUGAAUGAGUCAGAUGCAGACUAUACUCUAACCAAGCGCUCUCAGCUGGGCUCUGUGAUGACAAAUGGUGCACCCAUUGUUGGACUGAUUGGUGGGGGCAUAUGUCUCAUAUCUGCAUUGUGGGCUCUCUUUGGUCGAAUGGAAGGCAAUUUUGGGAGCAUAGGAGAGAGAUGGGAAUUCUUGGUCAAUUAUCUGGGAUCAGAGAGGCUGGCUUAUGCCUUCAUUUGGGAUAUAUGUUUUUACACAAUUUUCCAGCCUUGGUUGAUAGGUGGCAACCUUCAAAACGUUCAGAAAAGCAAAGCUGGUAUAGUAAACUAUCUAAGAUUUGUCCCAGUGGUUGGCUUAAUCGCUUACCUUCUCUGUUUGAAUCUUGAUGACGAAUUUUAGCUUCAUGUAAUAUCGAGUCAAUUCUGAAUAUCAGUGAGCUAUAUAUACAGCUAGUGAACAGUUAACACAAUUUGAAUUGUGUUUGGCGUGUGAAAAGGAAAGCAGGGUAGGAGUGAGUGCUUUUGUGUUAGCCUAAUUCCAUUCAUUUGUCAUGUAACAACCUGAAUUACACUUUUCUCUGGGUCGUUACAGGUCAAUUCCUUGACGGAGAUAUGUGAGAUUGGAACAACUUUACUUA